CGUUUAUAUUCCACCAUGAGUGACAGACUCAAAGGCCUCACGAAGGGUGGAUGGCACCCGAAAGGCAAGGAUGGCGGAAAGGAGACAUGGCGCGGCGAUUUCAAGGGCGUCAACACAGUCGCCGGAUGGAUGGGAAAGGGCAAGAGUCCUGCUGAAGAAGCCCAAGACCACCGAUCCGCUCCUCUCAGCACGCUGAAAGACCCGGCCGCAUUCGGGCCCCCUCCUAAACACAUACACUUCCAUGGCGCAGCGGCCGCCCCGAAUAGUCUGACUCCGGAUCGUGAUGGGUGGGGAGCUCCGUUAUCUGAAGAAGAGCUUCACGCGAAUCAAAGACUGGAAGAGCAGAAGGGAGCGAAAAGGAGGGAGGAAGAGGAAGCAAAUAAACCGCCUCCAGGCCCCUAUAAAGUAAACACUACGGGCCUUCGGGUAGAUAAUCUUCCUCCACCACCUAAAUUUCAGCCAUCAUCAGCUGCUCAGCCGACUUCUCAGCCGGCUGCGAAGCCCAAACUGCCUCCAAGGCUACCCCCGAGACAGAACUCUCGCCCGGAUGCUCAUUCUGCAGCGCCUCCGCCGACGUACAAUGACAGUGUUACCCAUCCACCGGCACAAACAUACAUAAAUCAGGGGCCGAUAGACAGAUUAGGACAAGCCGGUGUAUCCGUCCCAGGGUUCGGCAUCGGUCGCACCGCUUCUCCGCCUGUUCCGCCACGACAAACAGCUUCUCCUCCCAAGCCUCCUACUUCCCCUCCAGCUAUCACCAACAGGGGGCCGCAGCUUGACGAGCUUCAAUCAAGGUUUUCAAGGAUGUCAACGCCGUCAUCGCAAUCGUCGGCCGAACCAACUACAGGUACCUCGUUUGCCCAGAAACAAGCAGCCUUGAAGACUGCGAGCUCGUUCCGAGAAGACCCAUCCAAGGUCUCUUUCUCAGAUAUGAAAAGUGCUGCAGGAACAGCGAACAACUUCCGCGAAAGGCAUGGCGAGCAAGUCACUUCAGGAUGGCGGACGGCGAGUGCUCUUAACCAGAAAUAUGGCGUGGCAGACAGAGCGAAUAGCUUCGCUUCGGGGAGCAACACUUCUGCCGCCACUCCGACCUCUCCAGUUGCUCCGUCCCCAGUACACGGAGGGCUCGGUAAGAAACCUCCGCCACCGGUGCCUCGGAAAAAGGAGACAUUAGCAAGUUCUCCGGGUCCCCCACCCAUUCCGUUGACCAGCAAACCAAAACCUGGGGCGUCGUGACCAGCGGAAGAAUACGGCAGUAUCGAAAUCCAGACAGCCUUCCUAUAUGAAUCGAGGACUAGGCACACAGGACGACAAGCUCCACGAUGACAGAGUUGGCUGGAGAGCUGAAACCCAGCGUGAGCCGGUUUUAACGGACACUAUCGGUUUAAGGGAAGAGACAGCCGGAGCACCCGAAACAUUUCCACUAUCGACUUAUGUUCCGACUAAAGGGAGGGUCAAGACAAUGCUCAAGCAAUGUUUACCAACAAGGUGAUUCUUCGCGCGCUACGAGCGUUGCUUCGUCAGGAGCUCCUUGUAAGCAGUUACAUCUGUUUAGUAGCUUUUGCCGGAUAGCCUGGACUUGACGAUGGCAAGCUUCUCC